UUGAAAACAGUCUCAAAAUUCACUUGUUCCUUUCGUCUGAUUAGAUUCUUUCAACUCUUGAUAUAUUUUCCCAAAAAAAAAAAAUAUCCAUAUUUGUUGUUACAUUUUUCGUCGCAUAUCUUACGCAAUGUCCCUGCCUAAGACGUUCGACAAAUCGCUGCUCGUGGAGUACGGAGCCGCCUUUAUGUACUACAUGGAGAAGCACAAGCUCUUGGAGGUGGUGAGCCGUCUGCUGGCGGAGGUCUCGGAGCAGCCCGUCGAGGAUCUGCGCCACUGGAUGGGGGAGAACGUGCGUCGCAUUGGCGUCGACAUCUACACCAAGCACAUGGACGCUGUGCACCGUGGAGUGCAGGGGGACUUCUACCAGCUGCCAAAUUCAUUCCAGCACCGCAUCGUCCUUCAUGGCAGGCCGGGAUCAGGCCGGCGAUCGCUGGCCCAUGCGCUGGCCAAGCGCUGGAACCUCCUGAUCAUCGAUGCGGAUGUCCUCGCCUACCACAGCAUCAACGGGCAUCGUCAGGACGAGCACAGCCGACAGCUGCAGGCGGCCAUCGAGAAGGACUGCGUCUUCGGCCGUUCCGAGGCCAUCGGAAAGCUCAUCCAGAAGCGGCUGCUCAUGGAGGACGCCCUGCACCGUGGCUGGAUCCUCAUCAACUACCCCAACAACAGCUGCGAGGCGCGCGAGCUCUUCGAAAGCUUUAAGGUGCCACCCAACCACCUGAUCUUCCUGCGGAUCGAGGAGCGCAUGGCCCGGAUGCGAAUGCUCGUGAAAAGCUACGCCUCGGGCCCCCAGGCGAACGUCACCUACCUCGACCGCCAGAUGCAGCAGUUCCGCAGGAGCGCGCCCCUCCUGAACGCCUACCUCAGCCAGCGGCGGGAGGUGCUCUACGUGGACGCCACCCCCUGCUUCGAGGAGGUCAAGUGCCAGAUCCUCUCGCAGCUCACCAAGACGCCCUACGUCCUGGGCUUCAAGUACGGCGAGGCCAAUGCCACCGUCUGAAUACUCGACUCGAAUCCCAAUACAAUCUGAGUCUG